ACCAACGCCAUCUUUUGAAGCCUUGAGGAAGUAGUUGAAUAUACGUUAUUUUUUUUUCUUGUUGUAAAAAUGUUCAAGAUCACAGCUAUCGUUUCGUUAUUGCUUAUUGCGACUUGGUCGCAGGCAGACUCUAAACGCCAUAAGAAAGAGGCCACAGCAUCAUCUGAUUUCCCAUCAGGCAGCACACUAUGGGCAGCCAGUCUAUCAUGCGACUCCUGCGGCAGUGAGUGCGCGUCUGCAUGCGGCACCAGGCACUUCAGGUCCUGCUGCUUCAACUACCUUCGGAAGAAACGAGGACCUGAUACUGUGAAGUUCUUGGCGCCAAAUCAAGAAAAUAUGAAGGAAACACAACCUCGUUCCAAACUACCAAUGUUUGUCGUCGAAAACAUUCCAGUUCCAGAACAGUGGAUCUCCAACAUGCUGUCCAACGAAAACCAUCCUUACUCAAUAGAAGAUGUGGUCGAAAAUCGAAUGUACGACGCUUAAAUUUAUAAUUCUGUAAACUGCAAUACCGCUUGAAAAUACUUUUGUACAUUUUUCUUGUUGGAUUUGAUUUUUUAUACAAAAAACGCUCUUAUUUCAUUAGUGAUUCGAUAUAUUUCUUUUAAUGACACUGCUCUUUGACAGUGGCAGAUUUUCAUUUUAAAGAGUUUCCACGUAUUCUCCAAAAGAUGGAGUUAUUAUCAAUUAUUUAUUCAAUUUUUAUCAUUUUUA